GAGCAUGCAACGCGCGAGAGCGAAUCCAUCGAGGAGUGUAAUUUCUGCGAUUUCCUAGCUGAGGAAUUGUUUGCAGCACAAUCUUCCACCAUCUGUGCUUGUUCCUCUGCAUCCUUCCACAAUGGAGGUGGAAUACAGCAUAGGAGUGAAUAAUCGCUUCUUAGCGUUAGGACUGGAUGAUGAAGAUCCUGAGGAGACCUUGCUAAAGCAGGAGAAAAAGGAGGAGCCGUCCAAGAAGGAGAAGGCGAAAAAACAAGACAAGAAAGCUGCAAAACAGCCAGUCAAAGAAACGAAGCCUGCCGCAGGGAGAAAGGACAAUGUAAACGAAGAGCCCAAGAAAGAAGAAAGAACAGAUAGCAGGCGUGGUGGUCGCGGCAAAAGCGAUGUAAGGAGAGAAAACGAAAAAAACACUCGUUUGACAAACGGUCCGAGCGAGAGAAGAGACCGAGAUGACAACGCUUCAAGAGAGAGGCGAGGUGGUGGAUUCGGCGGCGGAUUCCGAAGGAGAGAUGGUCCUCAGGGUGAUGCUGACUCUCCUGAUAAAGAGGCAGCCGAAAGGGAAAGAGGAGGCUUCGAAAGGGGAAGAGGUGGCCGUGGAUCGCGGGGUGGAGGUGGAAGAGGUCGUGGGGGAUUCGGUCCCCGUGGUGGCGGUGGUGGUGGUGGUUUUGGCAGGAAGCGAGAGUUCGAAAGAAGAAGUGGAAGCGACCGCUCGGCCCCCCGACUGGACAAAUCAAGUCGCGGGGACAGAAGUUCAGUGAAGCCUCAUGAAAAACGCGAUGGAGGUGGCCAGUUUAACUGGGGAAGUCCUACAGAAGGUGCAAGUGAAGAGACAGAUGUUUUUCCUCAGAGUGAAGUGACAGAUUGGGCUGAGGCUUCUCCUGAUCCAGAUGCUGUGAAAGAGAAAACAGAAGAGGCUCAAGGAGAAGAUAAAGAAAAUGAAGAAAGUAAAGCAGAAGAGGUUCCAAAGGAAAUGAGUCUAGAAGAGUGGAAGGAGUUACAAGAAAAGGAAAGAGCUAAGGCGACUUUUGAACUUCGCAAAGCUGGUGAAGGGGAGAAAAAAGGAAUGUGGAAAGAUACAAAAGUUCUCAAAAAGCCUGUUGAGGAAGAGGGAGAGUUUGGAGCCAGAAGAGUUAUUGAGGUCAAAGAAAAGACAUCUGGUCGUGUCAAACAAACCAUUGACAUACGUGUAGAUUUCAAAAUGAAUAAUGAACCAAGGAGGGGAGGCCGUGGUGGCAAUCGUGGAGGAAGAGGUGAUAGAGGGGGUCGUGGUGGCCGUGGAGGAAGAGGAAGAGGAGGUGGAGGGCGUGCAGGGUUUAGUAGUCGUGGAGAUUCCAGUGAAAGUGGUACAAACUUUGAUUUGACUGCAGAAGAAGAAUUUCCUACUCUUGGCUAACAAGCUGCCUGUUGAUAACCGUUUGUUCCUUUAUUGAAUGCUGCACACAUUAAAAAAUAAGGAAUAAACUUCGCUUGAUGUAAUUGACCAAAGAGAAGACAGUUUCUCAGUAGUUACCUCUCUAUUAUCAGAGGUCUUGAAAAAAAGACAAUCUUAUUAAAUGAACAAGUGCCAUUAGGAGAUGCACUUGACAAGUCUAGGGAUACAGUUCAUUAUACUGCUCUGUAAUGUUGGGUAAUGUCACCAUCUUAAACAAUUUGCUUCAGACUUGCUAAUUUAAAAUGCUACAAACAAUAAAAUCUGAUGAGUGUCGGAAAAAAAAAUCAUUCUUUCCCAUCGUCUAUUUCCAUGCAUCAACUUAUGCCCCAGUUUUCUUGCCAUACACAGUGUUGAUACCUUAACUUGUUAAGAAGGUGAAAGUCGACAUGUUUUUGGGAUUGAAAAUUUUUUUUAACCCUUUUGACCUCAGUGACCAGUGUAUAAUUUCUCCCCACAAUAUCGUCCCACAAAUCGCACAUUUAGAUCAAGAGAAUAAAAAAAAUGAUGAACAACUACAGAAGCUCUAGAUUGUUAAAAAAAAAAUUCCAUGUUAUUACUGUAGGAAAUGUAAAGAGAAAAGGUGGAGGGUAAGCAUACUGAUGUUAGGGAGUAAAGGGUUUGAACGAGAGUAAAAUUGGACACCUGAUAGUCCCACUAUACUAUUUUUAGGUGAUUCGAAUGUCAAUCUGGAAUAUCUUAACUUUGUUGUUUUUUUCAUAAUUUAUUGAAGUGCCCCUGUUUCAUUUUGCAAUAGUUUAUGGCUAAUGCUUAAGUUUGAAAUGUAGUGAUUUGUUCUCUGUACAAUUUGUAGGUUCAUGUAUAUGUUGCAGAUUUCUUUUUAUCUCUGGUGAUUAGUAAGAUAAACCAUUAUAGCUGCUGCUAGGGUGUAAUAAAAAUUGGGAAGAAGACGUGGGUCAUUUUAUGUGAACUUUGGGUAAAAAGCAUAACGGGAUUAAAAAUAUUGUGUAAUAUGUUUACAAUGUACGCUCGUAGUAUUCCUGGUUUCCUGAUCUCAAAUCCCACUAUAGUGAGUAAGAAUUACUGAACUCAGGAAUUAUCAGCAAGGAUAUACUGCAAUAAAACAAGAAGUUGACAAAUUACAUAUGCAAAGAUUUAUAUUCAUGGUUUCUCAGUUGCCACUAAAUUUGUGCUUUUUUUGGGAAAUUUUUCAUUUUCUUGCAUUACUGGAACAUGAUGAUAAAUUAAACAUGUCAAGUUCAUCUA